UGAGAUAUGAAUUAAGAAGACGAUUUUAGAUUUUUUACUCCACAAGCUAAGGUUGAGCUAUGAACCAAUCAUCCGUUGCAUCUUCUUAACUAAUUUCAUCCCUUCCACCUUCGAAUCUUCACAUUCUUCCUCUUCUUCUUCCUCCUGCAGUUGGAUUGAUCAAUUUCCUGCAACCACUCUUCCUCUGAUACGUGACAAGCGUUCCGGAAUGGCUGUUUUUACUCAUGGAUGCUCCAAUUUCAGAAUUUUCUCUGAAAGGGAAGGGACCUUGUUUUUAGGUAUUUCGGCAGCUCCAGUUUUGCCACAGAGUGCGAGAGUUUACGGACAGUUUGCGAGAGAGAGAGGAACUAGUCGACGGUUGUCAAAAAAGGAACAACUUGAUUUCCCAAGGAAAGGAUUUUUUGCCACAAGGAAAGUUGUCCUUACAGUCCCUAAGGACAGUAGCUCUUCAAACACAAGCAGCAGCAAUGAAGACCCUACAAAUCAAUCCGAGCAAACACCUUUUGGUUACACGAGGAAGGAUGUUUUAUUAAUUGGUUUAGGUGUCACAGUUCUUGGAUUUGGAUUGAAAAGUGGAUUAGAGUAUGCUGGGUAUGAUUCUAUGCAAGCAGGUAACGUCGUUCAGCUUGUUCUGGUUUUGGGUUUAACGCUAGGAUGGAUUUCCACGUACAUGUUCAGAGUUUCAAGCAAGGACAUGACAUAUGCUCAACAACUACGUGACUAUGAAGACAAAGUCAUGCAGAAACGCCUUGAAAGCCUUACAGAAGCAGAGCUCGUAGCAUUACUCGAACAAGUCGAGGAAGAGAAGAGCCAAUCAGCAAGCAGCGAGCAGGUUAAUUGAAGUCAUUUCUAUACCUGUUUAUUUGAAGUUAUCGAACUAGAAAUUGAGGAGCAGGGUGUUGUGCAUAGUAUUCUAUACGGGGGGCAGUGUAGAAUAAGUUUGUGUAGCUUAAAUAAUGCAUUUUAGAUAGCUGUAAGAAAGUACAAAAUAAUGUACUCUACUAUUAGGAAAUUGAAUCAAAACUACUAAAGUGACA